AUGCGGCUCAUCCUGGACUUUGACGGCACCAUCACCCAAAAAGAUACUAUUGGAGAACUAGCACAAGCCGCCAUUGACCUCCAACGCCGCCGUACAGGGCGGCAUCUACAACCGGUGUGGGACGACGCCGUGCAAGCCUAUCUCAAAGACUAUGAGUCCUACAAGGCAAAUUUCUACCCUCCGGAGGCAUCCAGAAAGGAUGUAGAGACAGAAACAAACUUCUUAGCCGGGCUGAAAGACAUUGAAGAAGCGUCCUUGUCCAGAGUCUCGCAGAGUGGCAUCUUUGCAGGCCUACAAAGAGACGAUUUCUUUCAGAUGGGUGUCGACGCCGUCUUGUCUGGACGUGUUUCCAAGACUGAAGGAUUCGAGGAGCUCUUACGGUCUGCCGAGAGCAAGGGCCUGAAAGUCGACGUGACGUCGGUAAACUGGUCCAAGGCGUUUAUCGAAGGCGUCCUGCACCCGCAGCAUCUCGGCGUCGCUGCCAACGACAUUUCUGAAAAGGGAGAAAUCAAAGGCCCCCGGAGCCUAGGUGGUGUCAGGGUAACAACGUCACCCGACAAGCUGAAUGCCCUGCGGCAAAUCACGCAGAUCGACCAGCGGGUGUUGUAUUUCGGCGACUCUACAACAGAUUUGCAGUGCCUCCUCUACUCUCAUGGCGUCAUCAUCGCCAAGGACGCGACAUCAUCACUGCUCAGCACGCUCUCCCGCAUCGGAAUUGACGUCCCACACAUUGGAAAUCUGCAGAACCACCCGCACACCAAGCUUUUCUGGGCCCGCGACUUCCGAGAGGUGCUUGCAAGCGGUGCCCUGGAACAAGGACAAUAA